AUGGGGGAUUUCCCUCUAAAUGGUUUGGGGGACUUCACUGGCAAAAGCAUGGGUGACUUGGAUGAUGGACUUUUCUAUGGAACAGCAACAGCCCAGAGUCAACCAUUGGAUAACCAACACCUCAACCAGAACAGUAAAUGGACCUUUUUUUACUUGACAUAUUUUAAUCUUGAUUAAUUUUGAACUUUUUAAUAUUAACUUAAAAUGUCUUGAAUCCAACUACUGUUAAUAUGACUCUCGUCAAGAGCUGCAUUUAAACUCCUUAACAUGAAUAUAGUCAAGUUACAAUCAACACCACUAUAUUUAACAAGAUGUUUUUUUGUUUGGCUAAAACAUUGUCAGAAAAUUGCUAUUAUUUUGACAUAGACCAAAGUUUUUUUUGCACCCAGGCAUGUGGUCAAAGUGGGCUUUCAGUUCACAGCAAUUUUCUUAUAAAUUAAAGUGGGUAGAACAUCAAAAAAAGCCUCUGUGAGAAUUAAAUUGAGCUUGUUUUGGUGGGUGAAUUGAACCUUGGUAACAGUUUACUGACACCAGUUGACUUAACAUAUAUCCUACAGACAAAUUGAUAAAGAUAACCAUUACAUUAAGCACAGGAAAUUAUAGAAAUGUAGUUUUAAGGAUUAUAUAAAAGGUGCAAUGAAAAGGUUUUAAACAAUUAUAAUCAUUUGUAUAAGGGUUUUGUCAAUUAGGUUGACUGUAGUUUUUACACUGAUUUUCCUGAAUGAGCGGCUUAUGGGUUGGAUUAGAAAACAGGCUGCAUUCACAAAGGUGUAUUUACCAAUUUCAUUGUUCUCUUUACUGUUUCUUUGGUGUAUAAAUCGCAUGUAAAUUGUACAACUGUGCGUCGUAAUUUGAGCUGAAAUAGUGGUAUUUAGAGCAGCUUUUGUUUCCAGUUUUGCUCUUUAUGAGAAGUGAUACGGUUGAUAGGUUUACUCCAUAGGAAGAAGAUGUUUUGAGUGGAGCCCAGGAGAGUCUUUGUUUGUAUGAAAAAGUUAUCAAACAGAGAGGCUGCUUUCUUCAAGGACCACAGAGCAGUUUUCUUGAGGAGUGUGAAUUGGGUCCUGUGGGAGAGCACUACUGUUUUCUUAAUUAAUUCAUCUUUUCAAAAGAGGUACAUGUGGAAGUCUAUGUGGUGGACCAAAGACAAGUAUUGAAUGGGGAUGGAAGACAAUGGAAUUGCUUGUGGUCUUUGAAUAAUUAAGCUCCACUAUUGAGUUGGUGGUAACAAAGACCAUGCAAUAGCUUGUGCGGUUGGCCUUUUAUUUUGACUCUGGUUUCUUUUUCAACUGGCAAGGUUGCGUUGAACAAUUGUACAGAAUUUAAAUAUGGCCUCUCAAAAGUGUUUACUUUCUUUUCUGUUGGUAUCAGUUCCUCUAUGUCUUUGAAAAUUUAGCUUAUUCAAACAUGUUGGAAUUAAGCUUUGUUUGCAUAAUUUUUCACGGGCUGUGAACUCUUAAGUCCUCAUGCAAAUUUGCCCUGCUUGACAACAUACAGCCUGUAUAUUUGUUGGGGCAUGCAGGGUGAUUUGUGUAGUAAAUUCAUAAGGUAGGCAUGCGAGUUUUACUUUUGUGUUUUUUACAACUUAAUCGUUCAGUUUGUUUCAAAAUCUGUGUAGCACACGUUUAAGUAGGUGAGGGUUAGUUUUAGGGAAGAAACUGACCCUGUAUACAUGAUAUAUUGGCAGAUCAGAAUCAAAGAAGUCUUUGAAAGAUUUUGAACUGUUAGGUUCCAUGCUGACUUUGUAGUGUAUGUCUAAAGUUGAAAAAUUGAAACCAAUACUAACAUGAUGGCCAUUUAUAAAUAUUGCCACUGGCAAAUUAUGUUGAGAUUUGGUUGCUAAUUAUCAACAAAGAUUACAUGCUUUUUGGAUGGGUGUUUAAUUACAUCUUAAGUUAAGUUCCUUUGUUGGUAAUUUGGCAUAUAUAAUUAUGAUGCCACAAGAGGGAAGUGUUGUUUAUCAGAUCAAAAGGAAUUAAUCAGAGAACACUGUUUCAAUGGUUUUCACACCAUUGUUAGCACAAGAAGGACAAAGCAGAGUGUUUGCACUUUCAUUUUUUGACUUAAUCUCACAGCCCUAGCUAACUGCACAGAUUACUUGGAGAUUUGUUUAGUACAGUUUGGAAGAUAUGUUAUGAAGGGUAAAUGUGUUCAGAAUUUGGUAGAAUAUUUAUGUCACUAGGUAGAUGAGCAUGGCUACUAGUAAGACCCCUCAGAGCAAUCUGGGAACAUUGCACAGUAUACAUAAUUUAAGUUACUUUGCAUGAAGUAUACUGUGGUCCACUUUCACAGUAAUCUACCUGUUCUGAGGCCAGUCACUCAAAGGGUGGACAAUGCUAUCCAAUAGUUUAAUUACUGUCUAGUGGAGAAGUUUUUAGAAAGGGUUUUGUGCUAUUCAGUGGAAAUAAAUGUAUCUUUUGGAAGGCAUUAUCUACCCUACGAGCAACUGGGUCGUGGAGGGUAGAACUGAUAAAGCCCUUGUGUGCAGCACUCAGAAGUAGACAGGGUCAUGGUAUUUCCAUUUGUGUUUUUGAAACUCCCAGUAAGCUCUGCGUAUUCCUAGAAGUGACUGGGCUCAGGUAUGCUUUCUGCCACUUGAGGGAGUCCAGUAUGAAAUACAGUAAAAAGUGUUAGGUUUAAACUCUGAUGGAUCAGUGUUAGUGAUACUCCUGCAUGCAUAUUAGCAGAACUAGUAGAAGCUCCUCCUGACAGUUACCCUAAGGUGGAAAAGAUAAUUCAUUAUCACAUCCUCUGUGGACCAUAAUUUAAGAAUAUCUUUAAGUUGUUAAUACUGUGAUUAUAAGAAAAUCAUAUUUUCUGUAGGUGCUGGAAUGAGCCUGAGCAUGGAACGGCACAUUCAACAAACUAAUGAAAGACUCCAGUGUAUAAAACAGCACCUGUCCUCUCCACAAGGAUUUCAGACUUCUGCAAGAGAACUUCUGGAAUGGUGUGGGGAUGUACGUGCUUUUCAACGAGCAUUUGAAAGCAACUUGAUGGGAUGUCUCACGGUAGGCAUUGUUUUAUCAGUUUGGUUGUACAAACUGGAUAGUCAAUCUUGCAGUUGUAAUAAUUAAGCCUUGUCCUUGAGGCAUGAAGGUGUGAACUCAUGAAAAAGUGGUACCUGUAGGCAUUAGCCUAUAUUUGGUGAAAAACCAUCUUUGUAUAUUUGUCGCUUGAUAUUACCUGUUCUGAGGAAGGAAGAGUUUUGCAAGAGCAAGGCUCAGGGAAAACUGUGAAAUUUGAGGAACAGAUAAUGUCCAAGAACAAGCAUAUUUUUUGUGCCAUAUUUGCUUAUUUUCUUUCAAAAUUUUUUGUUUUAUAUGGAGAAAAAAAUGUUUGAAUAGCUAACUGUUUACUUUGUUGGAAGUUCACCCUUUGUGUGGUUUCUGGUGCAAUUUGAUAAACAAUGAAAUUUGUGCCUACUGUAGAAACAGCAAAAUGCUCUCUUGUUGAAUGGAAUUUUAAAUGAAAGCUUUAAUUGUACUCCACACAGGAUUUAAAAUUUGGAAAAUAUUAAUUAGAGAAUAUUCCAGGAUAAAGAUAUGUUUUAGCUGGGGCAGAUUUGUCCACGUGAUGCAUUUAGACCAAUUGCAGGAGAGCAAAAAUGUGUCAGUGAUGGAUUGUAAAUUAGGAUUUUGAGUUUAAGUUUCAAGUUUUCUAAUUAGAUGUGCUAUACUUGUCUAGCUAAAUCUAUAUUGUACAGAUUGUUUAUGUACCAAAACUUUGCAAUUUACUGUUGUGUAGGUUGUGAGUCAAGUUGCAGCCAAUCCAGGUUAUGAUUUGGAUUUAGGUAUGUGCACCAGUUUUGCUUCCUUCGUAUUCCUCUGUUUAACAACACUGAUAAUUCUGCAUUGACCAAUUGCAGGGGAUAUUAGGAUGAUUGGAUUAUUUAACAUUUCUGAAGAGUGAUUUAUCUUAAGUACUAAUCUGGAUAGCUUAUUUUCCAUUCUGCAUACUCUUGCUUUUAAUGAGCCAUUCUAUUUAAUUUAUACAACUGAUUACAGGAUAAGUUUCAUAUACAGUUCUUAACCCACCAAAAGAGUGAGUUUGUCUAGAAGGACUCUAAAUAAUCAGUUAAAUACUGACCAUAGAUACACCUGGAACAUAAAGUUUCUUAGUGUUGUGCAUAAAUUCAGACACAAAAAUUCUAAUUUCAAUCACAUUAACCAAAAGCCUCUGACAAAUUAAAGUGGUUUCAUGGCAUGGAGAUGUGCAUUUCAAGAUUGACCACAAAUCUACUUUGUGAAGUCUUAUAAAUUUCCAUUUUUUUAGGUUACCGACUCCUGGCUGUUUGUGCUGCACACAGAGACAAGUUCACCACAAAGUCAGCUGGUAGGUACCUCCAUCUUUAUCAUUAAAUAUACUUUGUGACACCUUAGGAUAAAACACGAAUAAUGGUUGUAAAGUAUUUUUAAAGCCAAGGAAACUGAAAUUUCAAUGGAAAGUGAGGUAUUAUUGAAUAAAGAGCACUAUGACUCAUUUGUUUUGUCAGUCUAUAUUGUUUUGUUGAGGCACUUGUAUGAAUAUUCCUUGCUACAAUUUUUUAUGGGGAAAAGGAAGCUUUUAGUGGAAAAAGAAAGGUUGUUGUAGGGCUACUGUUGGCAAAUUUAGUAUUUAUUUUAUAAGGAAAAUUCUCUUUUCUAAGAUUCAUUUUGGGAAAGAGUCAGAGAUUUUUAGUAAGUGACAAUGCCAAGCAAUGUUUUAAAACUUAUGAUUCUGGUGUGUAAUAUUUAAAAAAAAGAACAUUAAAAAAAUCAGAUGAGAUUAUUGAGCUUGUUAUCCGUGUACCAGUGAUGGCCAAGUUUUGUUGUGCAUGCACGACUGGCUCAUGAUGCAAUAUCUUAUGAUAUAAAAUGUGAUGCACACAAAUGAAUUUGUUAAGAGCUGUGAACGUUAAAAUUUGGUUUGUGUUUGUUGAGGGAUUAAGGUAGCAGUUGCUAGGUGGAAAGUUAAACUCCUUUGUGUAGGAUUAGUAUAUUAAACAAGUGUGGUGAAGGUGGGCUGGUGUGGGAACAAGGUCAUAAAUUUGCGGGUGGGAAGACUGAAAGAACAUGCAAUCAUUUCUUGGAGUUUUGUGAUGGGUUUAGAGUCAAAAAAUAAAACUAAGGUGCAGGUUCUGAAGCACAGUGUCAGUGUACUUGACUAUGAGAUUAGGCUCACUUUUACACUGAAAUUAUCUGGUGGACAUAAUCUUGCAUGUUCAGUUUUACUUCUUGCAAAAUAUUUUCCCGUGUUGUAUUGUGAAGGUGACUAAACCUUUGAAAUCACAAUGGUAAUGUUGACUUCAUCAACAAAAACUGUCAAGAAAUAUUGUCAUGGAAGUGUCUUCUUCUUCUUUUUUUUUUUUUUUAACAUAAGAUGUCAAACUUGAGUAAUAUUCACAGCUGUGAAAACCAAAGCAGUAUUUUAUACAUGAGCUGUUUUUGUUUUCUUGUUUGAUGUUAAAUGGAUCAAAGUACUGGUUGUUCAUAAAGAAAACUAUUGAAAUGAACACUUAAUUAGCCAAAAAUGGCAUUAUUUAUAUUUGCCCUCUGCAGAUUCCCAACCUAAUAUUGCUACAUUGUAUUGAUCAUGUGUUAUUCUCAGCGAUGUUAGGUGUUUGGUGUGAAGAUCUCGGCAGACUUCUCUUACUUCGGCAUCAAAAGCAGAGAAAUGUUGAUACUCAGAAGACAGCAGGCUACCCCACAGCACCAGGAAACAAGCUUGCUCAGAUGAAUCAGUUGAACCCAAUGAAUCAAUUAAGUCAGCUCUCAAACAAGUAAGUCACUUGUUGGGUUUUUUAAAACUAAUUUUUUGUGUAGUCUUGCACUUUGAAGUGUUAGAUUGUUCUUGUGUUAAUUAACAUCAUAACUGAGUAUUUUAACCUUCUGUUUGCUUACCGUGCCACUUCCUUUUGCUGUUGCUGAUCCUCGAGGGCUGCUAAUAAAUGCUUGUUGGUCUCCUGCCUUAAAACAGUAGCAAUUAAACCAGCUUUGAACACAUGGUCUAGUUUACCUGAAUUAAUUACUGUGGAUUUGUUUUGAAUUCAUUAGGCAUCAGCUUGAAAUCUCUUGGCAAGAGAAUAUUCAACAGGUUUUGUGGUGUUCUCUUAGUUUCCUUUGCUAAAAUGAUGAUCUGAGAAACAAAUUGAUUUUAAGCUUAUGAACUUAAAGAAUUUGGGUUUACAACUUCUGCUCCUGUGGAAACUAUUGCCACAGAAAUUUACAUUUUUGUAGAUAAUGUCCCUAGAGAUUAGUCACUGCAUUUGAUAUCCCUGCAUAAGAAAUCUCUCUUACCUCAAAUUUUUUUUAGAAACCAAGAAUUUUGCUCCAAUUAUUAGUAAUUUAACUGUUUGCCAAUUAAUAAAGUAACCAUGCAGUAAAUUUGAUUUUGUGUGAUAAGGCUUAACUACUAGACUCAGUGUGUCGCAAUAAUAAGUUGAAAAGACCAAUAUUUUUACACCUUUUUUAAUUUUAGAUAUUAUGAAAAUUCAGAAGUGAUUUCUAGAGUUUUCGGAAGUUAAUACUGAUAUUGAUUAAAAAAGGCUUGAUUACUUGAGGUCUAAACAUCCUUUUUCUAUUAACAUGGUUAUAAAGAACACUGGGUAUACUGCCCUUGCGAUUUUUUUUUUAUCUCAGAAGGCUGUAACUGUUUAAUGCCUCGACAGUCAUGAGAUCCCCUAUAGUGUCCUGCUUGUUUUCCAUGAGGAGAAUAAGAGCCCUCUAUGUUCAUUUAAACUUUGCAAAUAUCUAAGCACUGAAUGGUUCAUUGUGAUUUUGUUCUGAAUCAGUGAUGUUGUGCAAGAGGAAUUGUUUGAGCAGCUAAUUUCCUGUUAUCAGCACAUCAAUUGAAUAUCACUGGCCAGGGGCAAUAUUUUAUUCAAGAUGUGUUCUCAGUAUGUACUUACUAGGAUAAGACAAUUGUCCUUAGGUCAGUUCCCACACGUAAGCAAUUGACCCAAGGCAUAGAUAUUUGACAAUGGUGCUUAAUACGUAACUCUUAUAUUACAGUGAUGCAUCGACUGUCAUGUGGCCACAGAGUACUCAAGGUCAUGGCCAACAGCAGCCGUCACUAUCUGUGGUGACAACAGUUUGGGGUGUCACGUCCCCAAUGACUAAUGGAACAGCAAACAUGACACAUGAUCCAACCAAUCCAGGAAUUCCCACCACAAACACAGUUAAUUCUGUGGGACAUCCCUACCUCUCAACUUCUGCAAAUCCAAAGCAAUAUGCACAAUCAGGUCAGAAUGAAAUUGUGUUUUCUUUAUGUAUACUAAGAAAUUAAUCAAUACUGAUACCUUCCUAAAUAUUAUGAGGCUUUUGGGGGAUAUGUCGUCAAAUGUUAAGGUUUUCAAUUGGUUUUAUUCACUCUGUUUAGUGAUGGUGUACGAUAUCAAAUUCAUUUCAAGUGGCUAUGUUCAGUUUAAUUGCAUGUACCUUUUCAAUAUCAUGCUUGUGGCAGUGAAUGUUUAAAGGUAGAAUCAUUACUAUCCACUGAAUGAAUUUAAUCUCUAUUAGAUAACAGUUAGGGAGAUAUUGCAUUCUGUAGGGGAUAGCAAGUGAUCUUCAGUAUUAUGACUCAGUAACUCCCAAACUUGCUUUAAAAUGAAUUCUUUUAAACACAAAAUUAAGGCUUUCAAUAAGAGUCAGGGUAGGAAAAAUGUUUAAGAGUCAGGGUAGGAAAAAUGUUUAAGAGUAAGUAGAGAACUGAGUAUGUGUUCCUAAGAAACAAAUAAAUAAAUUAAAUUGCUGCCAUGCACUUUCAAACAGAAUUAGAGCAAGUUCCUCAUUUGCUUUUUCAUGAAUUGAUCUUGGCUCAUUUUAAGCUUGUACUUUGUGAUUACAGUUUGGUACUAGAUUUAAACUUUGGGGUAAUACUUCAACCUAAAAAGGUGGUGGAAGCUUGUCAAAUAGCCAGCAGAAUUCACAGGCCAACUGCCCUAAUAGAAAACCUUGCAAACUUUCAAACUAUCCUGUGAAAGUGUUACCAAAUACUAAACUUACAAAGUUGUUACUUGACUGGACAUGACAGCACAAGGAAAUGCAUGGAAGCUUUAAAUGAGGUUAACCAAUCAGAGCUUGAUUGUAUGGUUUGAUUUAAAGGCAGCCCAUAUUUUUUUCCCAAUUUCACUUUGAAGUUGUGCAUUACCACUCAACUCUAGCUUUACCUCUUCAGCUCAAGAAGAAGCGGGUAAUGUGCUGAAAAACAUUUGUAGCAACUAAAUGUAUUGAAGGAUAAUGUAAAAUUUCUUUGUUAUCUGUCUGUAAAAAGGGGGUUACCCAGCAAGACCAGGAAGCAGGCUUCCUCAAGAGACAACACAGCCUGUAGCACAGAACUACAUGCAGCGGCAAAACAGCUUCCCUGCCACAGGAAGCACACCCAGUGUUCCUCCUGGAAGUAAUAAUUAUUACUCACAGCAAAAUGCUGGUCCACCUAAUGCAUCACCCUUUCCACAGCCUGCUGCCAACCCAGCUGCUGCUGCGGCUGCAGCUGCUGUUGCUGCAGCAGCUGCUACAGCGACGGCAACAGCCACAGCAACUGCCACAGCUGCACUUCAAGAUCAGCAACAAAUGGGUAAGUGAAGAAAAAAGAAAACAGAAAACUCAAAUUUGAUCCUCUAGGGUAACAAAGCUGUAAUAUAGUAACAUAUGGGGCAGGAAUGGAAGUGAUUUUGCCACAGGCCAGAAAAGUUUUGCCAUUUUGCCAGCAUACUCAGAGACUCAGAAGUUUUAAUUUGUUGGAGUAUAUAUAGUGCCUACAGCAUUACACUCUUUGAAAGUUUGAUGGGCAAUUUUUGAAGGAAGCCUUUACUUAAGAUGUUUCUUUUGGGUUUGGUGUUAGCCAUUCCACCAUGAAUUUCCCCUUGACUGAUUUUUACAAGUCAUUUGAAGAUCUGUGUUUGUAAUGAUCACAGAUGUAUUGAGAAUAUCCUUAAGGAGGUUCUGAUAAAGUGUUGCUUAUAAAUUUCUACAUACACUCUGCUUUUCCUAGUUUUUAAUGAAUUUGGGAUCCUCUUUGCAUUUUCUCUACAGAUUAUGGUUUCCCUCCAGGGCAGAGCCAAUAUGGUCCCAACCAAGCCAGCCACCCGCAACACCCUCCCCCACCAUAUCAGCGCAGCAACUUCCCCCAAUAUCCACAGCCAUUUGGACAACAGCAGCAGCAACAACCUGGUGCCCAGCAGGGUAUGCAGAAACCCAACUCUGGGAUCAGCCGCACUCAAUAUUUACAGGAUUACAUGAUGAGAAAACAACAACAGCAGCAACAACAGCAAUUGCAACAACAACAGCAAAUGCAACAACAUUACAAGCAGCAGUAUGCUGGACAAUAUGGGGUAAGGUGUACUCUUUUUUACUUUUUGUUCUAAUGCUUUGGAUGAUGAAAUUUAGCUAACUUCAUACCUCUUAACCAUUAUGUCACCUACACACUUUUGACUACCAUAAAUAAUUUAGCUUUAGAAGUGUCCUUGGGUAUAACAUACAAGGUGAGUUGGCAUAGAAAAUGCCCCUUUAAAUUUUUGUGGUGAUGAAGCUGCUCUUUGUAUAACUAUACCAUCUCAUGAGAAAUAGCAUAUUAAAUUAAAUCAUCAUAAAGGUUUUGCAAGUUUUCACUUGUGAAUGUUUGAUAGCAAAUGUCAAAUGAUAUUUUAAAUGUUUGUUUAUUCAUCAUUCCAUGAUGUAUAAAAUAAGUACAUGCAGCCUUUCCAUCUCCUUGAUUGCCCCUUAAACCAUUUUUUUUUUUUUGGUGUGGGAUUACUGUGUAAUUGUUCAGUUUUGAAGUUCAGUGGACCAAUAGGGUGGAGUCAUAGGCAAAAAGUAGUUAGAAAGUGCUAACCCCCUGUAUGACUGUUAUUCUUUUGUGCAAUAAAGCCAUCAUGUGGUUUUUGUGUUCAAUAAAUUUUUUUUCCUUUUCAGCAACAGGGUGGCUAUCAGAUGCCUUCUUCAUAUCAAGCACAGGCUGGUUAUCAACAACAACCAACACCUCCUCCACCCUAUACACCAAGUAUGAGCCCCAUGUCACAGAUGAACCAACAGAUGGGACACAUGAUGCAGCCAAACUCAGUCAACCAAUCAAUGGGGCAGAUAAACCAGCCAGUUGGACCACAGAUAGGCCCGCAGAUGCCACCAAUAGGUCCAUUAAACCAGAUGUCUCAAAUGAGUCCCAUGAGUCAAAUGCCACAAGUGCCACAAGGUCCUCAGCUGCCAUCAGUGGGGCAGAUACCCCAACCAGGAAUGUAUGGCCCUCAUCUGCCGCAACAGGGGCCACGACCCAUGCAGAGACGACGCAAGAGUACACCCCAGUAUCCUAAUGCUACAAUGGCAAAUGCAAUGUCACCGCCAGUCACACCAGGGGCAAUGCCAAGCCCUUACAUGAGUAUCAGUGAUGCUGCCCUGAAUCCAUCCAACUGUUAUGACAUCAAACCCCAAGUGGUUCCUAACACUGCUUCACCACAAGCUUAUGAGGAUGUCAAGCCCACAAGGUUGAAUAGUAAGUGAGAUAAGUCCUAUAUUUAUUUUCUUCUUUUUACAAAUCGAUCACCAUUGAAUUGUGUGUAUGUUGUUGAAUAUCACCAUUUCAGAGUCCCAGAGCCACUGGCAGUUCUUUGUAGGCUUUUACAAAUAUUAUCACAAAUAACAACAUUUGUUUUAGUUAAGCAACUGGCAGUCCUUCCUAGGCUUCUACAAAUAUUAUCGCAAAUAACAUCAUUCCUUUUAGUUUAGAACAAUAAUUUUUAACAGACCUUUUUAGCUGUGCAGACAGUUGCAAGGUACAUUUGUGCAAAGUUGGCUGAAUUGCGGUCAUACUAUUUUGCAAUGAACUUUUGAAUACUCCCUGUUGCAUAUUGUCUUGGUAUUGUGGGUUACACAUACUCUGUAGAUGUCCACUGGCACUUAUUUGUAAUCAGCUGUAGGGCUUUGAUACAAAUACCAUUAGCUUUAAAUUUGUCAUUCCUUCUUUAGGAGCUGACUUUAUUAGAGUAACAUAGAUCAGUCUGUUUAACACAGUUUUUUAUGUAUUCCUCUCUGUCAUUAUUAGGUGAAAACGAUGUCAUAAGAUUGACAUUUCCUGUAAGAGAUGGCAUAGUCCUUGCUCCCUUUAGACUGGAGCAUAAUCUGGCAGUCAGUAAUCAUGUGUUCCAUCUCAGGGACUCGGUCCAUCAGACACUAAUGAUGAGGUAACGUUUCAUUUUUAAUUAUUUACUUUUUAUCCUCUUUGACCCUCUUUUGACUUCCAGGAGGAACCAGUGUUUUAUUUUCUUCAAAUAUAGAAUUACCAGGGACAAUGUCAAGCAAAUAAAUAAAUUAAAAAUUUGACUAAGGAGUAGAAUCUUUAACUAUGGUGUAGCAUGGAAUUUUUUAGGACUUCUAUUUUGUGGAUUAGCCAUUUUUUUCCUUUUGUUUAAAGGGGAAAAAGUUUUGGGAUUGAGAUUAAUUAAAUUUUUGUUGGAAAGUUAUUUUUACUAUUUUUUGAUCAAGCAUCAAAACACUUCUAGGGAAAUGAGUCAUGUUUUCACCUUUUUUUUGAGGGGGGAGUGGGGUGGGUGGGGGAAACUAAAUUCUGUAGGGACAUGUUUUUGUAGAUCAAGGGCUAUCCUUUAAAUAAAAACCAGAAAUAUUUUCAUUAUAUAUUGUGGGGCAGAUUUAGCAUUUAGAUCAUGAGACUUAAAGUGUUAAAAGGGCUCACAAAGUCGUUAUUCUAGGAAUUAUGUGCAAGGCAUGGGAAACAAGGAACAGUGGGUGUUUUAUAUAGAACUUGAGGGUCUUUCUUAAGAAGAAGUUAAAUGUGCAAGAGUGUAAAAAUUUGAGAACAAAUUUUUCCUUUCCAGACCUGAUCUUGAGCUUCAGUUCAAAUGCUACCACCAUGAAGAUAAACAGAUGUAUACAAAUUGGCCACAGUCUGUGACUGUCAGUGUGAAUGCCAACCCUCUUAUUAUUGAAAGGGUGCGUCAAAAUCAGGAGUUAUAUUUUAUUUUUUUUUAAUAUGUUACUAAUGUGUUGCUGAAAUAACCAUUCCAUAUAGAUGUGUCUUUGUUGGUUUAUUGAUUAACUAAAACCCAGUAGACCCUUGUAUGAAUGUGUUGUUGGUGUUAAACUAGCAAUUUGAUAAAUAUAUAUUUUUGAAUUUAUUUAUUUAUUUUGUUACAGCAAGGGGACAAUAAAACUUCGCAUAAACCUCUUCAUUUGAAGAAUGUUUGUAAACCAGGAAGGAACACAAUACAGAUUACAGUCACAGCUUGCUGCUGUGUAAGUAACAUCAACAUUUCGAUCAUUUGGUAUUCUUUUUCAUAUGAUAAGCAUUAUUAUUUACGAAACUUGUUUUUAAUGUUUAUCCUUUCAGUCCCACCUCUUCGUUCUUCAGUUGGUCCACAGACCUUCCGUAAGCUCAGUUUUACAAAGCUUGUUACGUAAAAGACUUCUUCCAGCAGAACACUGUAUCACAAAAAGUGAGUAUUGCAAAUACUUGCUUCUGUACCUGAUGUUUGUUUUGUAGAGCUUGUAACUGGUUUCCAGAGCUAAAAGGCUUGCAUCAGGCAUUGUAUUCUUUUUCAAGUACCACGCAUUCAUUGCUAAUUCAGAUAUGAUCCUCUUUGAUUCACAGUUAAAAGGAAUUUCUCGUUCAGUUCUUCUGCUGCUGGCGGCACAGACGACAGUGUAGAGCAAACAGCUAUCAAAGUAUCGCUUAAAUGCCCCAUCACAUUCAGAAGGAUAACGUUACCAGCCAGAGGCCAUGAUUGUAAACAUAUCCAGGUAUGUAACUUAUACGUAUGCUUGGCUUACAGGGUUUUGUUUAACAUCUUGAAAUCCAUCUGAUUACAUUAUGUUUUCCAAGGUAGAAUUACAGUAAACAGUUCAGUAUGAUAAAGUGUGGCAAUAGGAACAUGGUGUAUGCGUGUACAUGUACUAUUUAUCAAAUAUGAGACCGAACCAUUACAAAUACCCUGAAUCCAAAGUCAAAUACCAUUUUCUUAGACUUGGAAUGUCUGGCUGUCGUCCAGUUUACUGAAUUCGCAACUCCAAUCUGUUUUUUCCAUAGUGUUUUGACUUAGAAUCGUAUUUAAGGCUCAACUGUGAAAGAGGAAGCUGGAAAUGUCCUGUUUGUAGGUGAGUGCUUCAGAAGUAACUGUUAUUGUUGGCAUUUCUGUUCUUUUUGCGAGAGCUUAAGCUACUUUUAAUUUGAUGCAAAUCGUUGAAAAUAUUCAUGUCAUAGAAAGGAAGUUUUACAUUGUGAUAAAACUCCAGUUGUAUCAAUUCAGUCGAUGGGAUUCAUGUGCCCGAGUGGUUUCCCCAUAGUUAUAGAUCAGAGGAAGUCGCAAGGCUAUUAUAAAAGCAUUUAAACUGUUUUAUUUUAUUUUCUACCACCUUUAACUUUCCUCCUGUUUUUUUUUUUUUAACUCUAAACUUAAUCUAUUUUCAAUUUUUUCAUUUUUCAGCAAAGUUGCACUUCUUGAAGGACUCGAAGUGGAUCAGUUCAUGUGGGGCAUCCUAACAACGUCCAGGUGGUUGCUAUAGUUACCAUUUCACAAAAAAUUGAUCGGCGACGUGCACAGUUUUUAGACAGACAAAUUCGAAUCUAAUGCAGUUAACCAAAUGAAAGAAUAUUAUUUAUCGUUUUGGAGACUUUUAAAUUAAAAUCCUCUAGGUAGUUAUGAUGUUGAUAAGACUGCUGUGUUGUUGAUCAUAGAGCAUUCCACAUUAACCGUAGCGACUUCUUACUAUUUCAGCUCUGAUGUGGAAGAAGUAACAAUUGAUCCAAACAGUCAAUGGAAGCCUGUUCCUGUUAAACAGGAACCAAAAGAUGACGAAUGUCAAGGACCACAGCCGGCUAAGAAGGCUCGACCGUCUCCUCCUGACUCGUUACCGCUCUCUGGUGUCAGGACACCCACAUCACAAAUGUCCAGCAGUAGUGGACACUACUCGCCUUAUCAAACGCAACCACCGUCUAACCCUGGUAUGGGUGCACCUACUCCUCCUGGACGGACACCCCCUGAGUCUCACAGCUCAUCAGGUGGAAACCAGCUGCAAGAGCAUAACGCUAGCAAUUCUGCAACGACGCAACCAGCGGCAUCUACGCCCAGUGGUGAGUGACUAAGCAGUGUGCUGUCGAGAACAACAUUUAUUAUAUACGCUUUUAUGGUACUUUGUCUUUAAUAUUUAACCUCUAAACGCAUUAUAAUUCAAGAGUGUCUUUGUUCUACUUCCUUAGGUGAAAAGAUGACACCCAGUCCAGUCACUAGCCAAGCCACGACGCAAAGCAGCAACCACACUCGAGGUCCCGCCACUCCUCAAACUCCAGGGAGUCAUACAAAUCCAAAAGGUGCUGCUGAAAGAACGCAGCACUCGUCAAGCCUCUCCCAGCCGCCUGUGUCAGGGAAUGCUGAUAGCAUUGCCGCCGACCUCGAACACGACAAUCUUCCGGACGAUUUUAACUUUGGUGUUCUGGAAGAUCAUGGCGGAGGAACUGAUGGAGUGGAAGGCGCUUUAGACGUAAGUUGAUAUCCGGGGGGAUGUAGAUUAUUCUUUACAUAAACUAAUUUUCUUGUUUAAUGGACUGUUCAUAUGACAGUGACAGCUGUGAGCGUAAAUCGUUGUUCUGCUCUGAACCUCUCCAAACCUUUGGUUUGGCGUUGGGUUGUUCUGCAUGCCUGAAAGCAAGUUAUCACUCUAACUGUGUACGUGCGCGCAAAAACGGGUCAUUUUCGUCGUUAUGUCAGUGCUGCUUGCAUGUACGAAGGUCUAAGGAUCGGAGGUUAACAUUGGCCAUGCAUCGUAUUCUGACGUUGAGUGUGGUUACAAUCUUAUAGGUUUUACCUGGAACCCUCGACCCAGAAGAGCUUUUCAACUAUCUGACGCCGUCCGACCUUCCCAGCGAAGAUAUCUUGUCCAUGUUCGAGUAGCUUUGUCAUGGUGAUGUCGUUCGCUCACAGGAAAGAUUCAUGCUAGAAAUAUUUUACUUUGCUGUACUUGAAAAUAGAGCGAAUAAUUUGUAUUGAAGGGGUAGGUUGAAAGACCUCUACGUACUUUUUUUGUAUAGUACAAAUAUUCUCAAGUUUACGUAGUUAAACAAAAUUGAUUAUUGCUAUAAUACAUUACUAUUUGGAAUGUUUUCUGUUUUUCUAGUGAAGUUUUGUCCUUACUUUUAUGUGUAAACUCUUUUCAAUUUUCAUACUUCCUUUUGUGAGUAACUCUUUUUUUUUCUUAUCCAUCACUUCGGUUUCGUUUCGUACUAUAAUCUGAUAUAAGGAGCAAGGAAAAUUUUCUUGGUUGCGGCAGUUUUUUAUCCUGGAUAUCUUGGCGGUUUGUGCUUUUUUUACAGGCUGUGUAGUCAAAGCUAUAUUAGUGUCGUGGUGUAUGUAUAGUGAUAAGGAAGCUAUGAUUUGGGUCAAACUCAAGCUGAAAAUUUUAUCUAACAGAGUACUAAGAAAGAGGGGCCAUUUCCGUUGUGAGUCACACAAAGUACUCCACUUUGCACCUUGUACUCCUCAGGUGCGGGUGAAAGACAAAGAGAAUUAUUAAUCAUUCCAACAUUUGGAAUUAGUUCAGUAAAUGCUAUAAUAUAUGCAUAAAUAAAUUAAAUGGGGCAUGUAACCCUCAUUGUGUACAAGCAUAGAAAUGAAGUAGAAGUAUUCUUUUUCGUUUUAAUUAGAGGGAUUUAUAGGUUUUAGUUACACGUAGGUAGCGCCAUGACAGAAGUAUUAGAACAAAAUGUAGUAUUGUGUUAAUGAGAUUUAUCGUAGUAAUGAUAGCGUUUAGGUAUAUUAUCUAGAAAGGGACACGCAUGAUACUUGUUUCAUAAUCUCCUCUGCAGAACAUUCCUUCGUGGAAUAACGUUGACCAAGUCAGUAUUCUUCUUUCUUUCUUUCUGGGAUCUCGACUUUUAAUUUUUUUUAACUGUCGGUUUUAUUAUUCACAUCAGUCAAGAGUCUUUCGCCUGAUGAAAUAUUUUACCACGUUUUUUUAUUGUAUUUUUAUAAGUACGAGGUACAGCUCAGUAUGAGCUUCUCAUUUCUGCACUUCAAUGUUAUCACUCUCCUAAGAAGGACUUGACUUUUGAUGACUCGUUGUUGUCAAAAUGGAAGAUUCAAGCAAAAGAUUUGUCUCGAGAAGCGUCUUUUCCUGUCUGGCAGUUAGUACAAAUUUCUCGAACUUUUGUGUGCACAUUCAAAUCUUACUUUCAUCAAACGCUUGAGCCAUCCAAUUUCUUUUCACGUGUGAACAUUCAAAAACCUGUUACGAAUUUGUCUUCCUUUCAAACCAUUUCUGUCCUGCAGUAUGAACAGUGACGACUUGUCUUUCACGAAUUGGUUGACAGUUUUCCGUCUCUUCUUUUUUUUUCCACAUUCUUUUCUGAUUCAUAAUGUUGCAAGAGCUCGAACUUUACUUUCUUUUCCAGUCACAAUUUUCUUUUUCCUUUGAAAACUUGCUUCAGAUUGUUCGGGUAGCAUUUAUUUCAGGGAGAAUACUUGUAAGCAAAUUAAUUUAUUCAGAUUCCAGGUAACAUGAUGUGUAUUCCUUAGCCAUUUCUAAGUUCAGAGACAAAAUAAAACAUGACUAAAAAAGUAUUGCAAAGAGAGUCUGGGCGAAGACUGCCGACGGUUUGUGCGCGAUUGUUUCCCCCCGUACGACUUUCAGAUUUAAGAAGACGUUAUUAUACGUAGUUGCGCUUUAUUUGGUGGCAUUUAUGUCGUGCUGUACAUAAAGUGAACAUGUAUUUAUAUAUCUAUAAAUAAUGUAUAUCAAAAUAUGAUCUAGUCUUUGUAAAUACUCGUAUGGAACGCAUAUCUGGAAAAAUGAGAUAGUUGGUUGGUAAAAGCCGCAUUUCUGUUACUGUCGUAGUUAGCCUUUAGCCCAAGAUGUUUCAAAAUGUUAGGGAAAGACUUUAAUUUAUAGUAGUGCCGUAGUUCGCAGAUUUAUUUGGAUAACACAUCAAGUACUGGCUACGAAAUGAGCACCACUCCAAAACCCCGUCUGAAUCCACCGUAAUAAGAUUGAAGUGAGUUCGGAAAUCUGUUACAUAUUAUUCUCUACUUCUACAAGCGACGCCGGACAUUUUAUGACGAUCGUUUUCAGGGAAAAAUGUGUUCAAUGUAAGUUCGAGAUUAUAAGCGAAGUAAAUCAUUGUCAUCUCUCUUGUAGUAUCGAUAGCAUAGUAGAUUUUAUACCUAUUUAUAACUUAGAGUGUACAACUACAGUUCUGUAGGAGAGAACAAAUUCUUACGAAGAAGGCUACGAUAGACUUAUUAAAGCCGCCUGUAUGUGUAGAUAUUCUAUAUCUAAAUUUUAUAAGAAAUAAAGGUCAUUCAAGUCUU